AGCAGAAAGAAUAAUGAAAAAUCACAAGUUAGAAGAAGAAGAAAAAGUAUAAUUGAAAUGGGAGAGCUGCAUUUCAUUGUAAGAGAAAACCACCUCCUUCAAAAUCACUUCCUUCUCCAUCAUCCUCCAAGACAAUUCUUCUACACUUCACCUCCUCCUUUUGUAUCAUCUUCUGGUUCUUCCGCCACUGAGUAUUCACUAGGAGUUGUAGAUGCGUUGCAUAGAAACAAUCGCCAACAGGAGGAUCCGCUUUCAACUCUCUCUCUCAACCCUGCCCCAGAGCAAAUCGACCCGCGUUCCUUAAACUCGGGCAAAUCCCGUACUACCACUGCACCAUCGUGAGGAAGUAACAUCCACUUGCGUACCACUUCUUCCAGGAACCGCACCGACUCUUCACUUUCCACUAUCUCCUUUUCCUUCUCCGUGAUUUCUCUUGGUGGAGGCAACCUCAAAGCUCUGGCUAGCUCCGUCGAGGUCAUCUUCACUGGGUGUCCAUGUUUCCCAAUGUAGCUGCAUCUACGAUGAUACUCUGAGCUAUAAAACGCAAUCAGCUGAACCAACAUGUCGCGUUCCAUCUGUUGGCCGAAAUCCACAUGGUUUCGAUGGCAAGGGAUACAAACAACUGAUGGAAGUGAGCCAUAAUCGUCGGUUUCCUUUCCCUAUCUUAGUCACUCUUUAUGCUAAGAUGGGCCUUCAUCGUUACAAUUUCGUCGAGGGGAAAAACUAUCAGUUCUGUCGCGUAAAAAAAUACAAUCGCACAGCACAUUUCGGUGCUGGCGAGUUCUACAUAACGUCGGUUGCAAUGGAUCCGUCUGACCGUUUGCCUUAAGAGAAUCCUCUGCUCGGCUCAUAUAGUGAAUGCUCCUACAAGUCUAGGUACCCUGAGUGGCCGUCGGAUGAUUAUUUCAAAGAUACAAAGCGGUUUUACGUGGUGAAGAACUCAAAGCUGCAAGACGAGUCCAAUGAAUCAAUGAUUCGUCUAUACUUGGAACGUGCGGUUGCCACGAAUCGUAGGACGUGCGGUGAUUAUGAUGAUCUGUCCAACUUGGAGAUUAGGAAAGUGGCUAUAGAAUCAACCCAAGAUCCGAACGAGGGAUUCAAGGCUAAGAAUGCAUCUUUCUACAUCAGUUACAUGGACCCGAGCAAGGAUCGAGUGGGUAAGCAUGUUGAUCGAAUGCUAAGGUCAGAAGAAGCUUUGAUGAGAAGACGGGAUGCCUCCAUCUCGUUGGUUUCAAUCGGAGGUUUAAAACUAAACAAAAAAAGGCUAGAAAGAGUCAGAAUAGUGUGAAACCUUUGUUUAGCGUUUUCAAACCAUGGUGGUUAUCUAGUCCUAGGCGACGCAAAACAUACAGAAACCGUGGCGUUGGCUUCUCUCGUAGUCUUCACAAGACAAGAUCCACUUGAAAAAUGUGGAUUAGAUAAUAAUAAAAC